GAUGGUGAUCGCAGGAUUCUCUUGAGGAGGUGGAGAUAGCACAGAAGGGUGGGUAGAUGGUUGUUCAGUGGGAAUCUGUAGCACGGCAUUUUACUGGUCGGACGGUGGGCGAAAUUUUUUGUCAGCUUCUCCUUCAGAUUUCUGGGUGUUUUCUGAUGGUUGAGAUAUUUAAACGUAUUGUUGAUUCUUCAAAAAUACAAAGAAACCUGAUCCAGUUUUAAAGAGUCAUCCAGGAGGCCAUGCCAGGCAGCCCAGAGAACAUCCCUCUGGGAGAGUGCACCCUCUCCCAGUCCAGGGACCAGCUGACGCCCCCGAGCCGCACAGAGAGCACCGUGUUCAGCCUGUCCCGCAGCGAGUCCCUCUGGACCACAGAGACCUCUCGCAGCAAGUGUGAAGUCUUCUGGUUCCCCAUCCACCUUAUGUCCACCGGGGGAAGCUUCCUGGCAUGCGGCAUCAUCAUCAGCGGCCUGUACUUCGCCGGCCACUGCAGGAAGGUCACCAACAUCCUGGGACCGGCCCUGCUGUCCAUUGGGCUUAUGGUUUUUGUGGUGGGUGUGGUCCUCAUCCCCAUCACCAAGGAGAACAGGAAGCAGGCAAAUUUGAAGAAGCCCCUCAGUUACUACAGGCCUCCGUUCAAUUUGUGAUGACUGUUAAUGUUUUGUCACAAAACUUCAUGUUUGGAGGUGAGAAACUUGAACUUUAAGAGCACACUGGAUUGAAAUGAUCCUUUCAGCACGGGAGCCUCCGUGGAAGCUAAUUAUUUAAAGACUCUGCGUGGUGACAUUUAUGUUUAUUUCUCUGAUUUACCAGGAGUGACAACACUAAGCACUUAUUUCAGUCUCAAGUGUGCAUGACGACAUUUGUAUCAAUAACCAUGAGCUGUCGAAAAGAAGGUGAGAGCACAAGGACAACAAUGUGCUGUAUAAAAUGCAAUUAUUCACACACAAUUUAGCGAGGUUACUAGAAUGCAAACUGUCCUUAUGAAUAUUCAUGAGGGAAAAGUGGACAAGGGGGAUUUCCUAAUGCUGUGUGGUACAGUAUAUGCCAAUUCAUGAAUAAUUAAAAGUUGUGAGAGCUUAUAAUUGUCAGUUGCCGGUUUACUGUGUCUUGUCGCUUCCACUGAAGUCCUUAUUGUGGAACUGAGUCACUGAAGGACGCUUUGAGGAUGAAUGCAGUCAGAUUGAAGUAUAUGUAAAGGGCAAACUUUUGACUACUGUGACCUGGAAGCACAUUUUCAUAGGAUUUAAAUAUUAUGUGGCUGGACAUUUUAAUCAACCCCUUCAGACCCAGCAUCCAUCAUAAUGUGCAUGAAAUAUUCAGUGUCAGCCAUCGAAAAUGCACUUAAAAUUAGACUUUGGCAAAACAAGUAGAUUGUAUUUAAAGCAGCUAUAAUCAAUAUGGAAUAGAUCACGUGACUACACUAAGCGUUAUUGCAUGAAUGUAAAAAAAAUGAACUAAAUAUUAUUGCUAAAUUACAUAUUGUUGCAUAGUUACAGUUUGUUUACACAGGAAAACAAAAUAAUCACAAUUACAAUCACAGUUCUAUUUGAAAGCGGUCGCUCACAGUGACAAGCCCUCAGAGAAUUACCCCCCGCUCAGCGUUACGCACCUUUAUAGCAUCUUUCAGCUGAUUGUUUUGGUUUUCCAGCCCACAACUUUACCGCUGUGGUUCCCUCUCACCGCUCUCAUCCAACGGCGCUUUUGGCCACAGAAGUUGUUUUCAGUGAAAAAGCACUAAAAACUGACUGCACGCUACUUACCCAGUACCAAACCACACACAAAGUUAGCGACUACCUGGUGACCAUAGUGGAGCAUUUAGCAGCCAGAGCCAGAUAUGUUUAGUGGGAACCAAAACAGAGCUAAAAGGGAAGUUAAUAUUAGACAUUUAUCAGGUGGACACAAACAUGAUGCCAAAUUAAUGCAAAUGUUGCUCCGGAUCUGCUAGAUGUGUAAUUAGGCAACUGUUAUCAACUUAAAAGGUGAUAAUAUGUCUGUGUUGGUGUUUACAGCUUGUUUCCGCUGUCCCCAAGUGGAAAAACCCCUACAAAAUCAGUUAAUGUAACCAAUAAAUGCAAACUCUUGACAUAUAAAUAGUAAGGUGACAGGUGAGGCAUGACACAAGACCAGCAACUUUUUCACCUUUUAAAUAUUCAUCCACAAACACACAGAUUUCACUUUCUUGAACUGGGUGUAAUAUCAACAUGCUAAACUCAUCAUAUUUAAAGUCUAUUUGCACAUUUCUUUAAUGCGGAGAGCACAGAAUGUUUUGUAAGUUGAACGUCCAUCCCUAUGGACCCUACAUCAGGUCUGGAAUGACGCAUAACUGGCUGAUGACAACAGUGAUCUGAUUUUUGGAGUUAGCACAAUCAUUUCAAUUUUCAAUUUUAGAUAUCAAGUUUAUAUUGAAAAUGUGCGUUUAAUUGUGGUUAUUGUAGGACAUGUACAGUACACUACAGUAUAUUUGAGAAUCCUCCAGAUGACGUCCCUCAACCUCUUAACCCAUAUGAGUGUUAUGUUAUGACAUGAGCAACAUGCUGUGGGUUUCAAGAAAGUCUGCUGAGAAGACAUCAGAACCCUAACUGGCCUUCAAACAUCUUAGAGCUGAGACGAUUAAUUGAUUAGUUCAUCUUUAUCUGAAACUAUUGUGAUAAUCGAUUAAUCCCUUAAGUCAUUUUUUAGGUAAAAAUGCCAAAAAUUCUGUGGUUCCAGAUUCUCAAAUGUGAGUUUUGCUUCUUCCUAAGAUACCAAACAGAAAAUCUUUGGGUUUGUCAUUUUCUGACAUUUCAAGGCCCAAACGAUUAACUGAGAAAAUAAUCGUUAAUGAAAAUAAUCAUUCGUUACAGCCCUCAAACAGUUAUAAAACAGAAUAGCAGAGAGAUCUGCUAACAAGACUUCACCAACAGUUUUGUUAUUUUAAAAUAACAUGUAGGUAAAACAACGCAUUGUAGGCCUACCUAUGUGUGUAGUUGACACAUAUGGCUAAAACGAGCAUUAAUGGGAAAAUCCAUUUUUGUGUUUAAGACAUUUUACACUGUCUCAGUCAAAACGUCCAUUACAGUGGACAUGCAAAGCAAUAUAAUAAAGCCAGGAGUUUACAGAAAAUGUUGAUUUGGCCUCAUUUCUACAUGGGAUGAAAGAAAGUCUUAGAAGUAGGAAAAAACAGAUCUGAAGGGGUUGAGCUCUGAUAUCUGAUGGUUCAAGUAACCAUCAGUUAACAAAUGGAAACCAGUUCAUAGGUUUCUGCACAAACAGUCUGCGUCACAUUCAGACGCAGGCUGAAUCAUGCAUGGGGUGUACUGUGUACAUGAAUAUCAAUUUGAAUUUCAAAUUCUAUGUUAAAACGUCCUGAAAGCCUCGUAUCAUUUGCAUUAAGGCAACCAGACCGCAUUACUGUGGACUUUGGACUUUUCACUGGUGUUUUUAAUGAAUUACAACACGUAAAAGGAAACGAGCCGACUGUCGGUGUGUGUUUAAGUCGUGUGUACCGUGAAGACGCCUGAGGAAACACCUUGUUUACCUUUCCUUUAAGGUGGGGCGUUUCUCUACAGGUGCACAGGAUGAAGCAUCCUCCCGUUACACAAGCUUCAUGCAGCUGGAGUGUUUCCACGAUGGACCUGAUGAAGUGUUUAGGCGGAUGCGUGCAUCUGUUUUUGAUCGCCAUCGUGCUUGACGUUAUCGGUCUGAUUCUCAUUUUCGUCGGCAUAUUCGCCAACCUGCGCAUCGAUGGCCGCUUUUAUGGCGACUUCUUGAUCUACAGCGGCUCCCUGGUCGUUUUCUUCAGCCUGGGCUGCUGGCUCAUGUGGUACGUGGGGAACGUCCAGGUGUCGGAGGACGACGGCUUGAAGAAGAGGAGCAGUCUCGUGCAGCUGGCCAGGAAAUUAACCAAGAGGUUAAGCCAGGUUAAGCUGAACGGGGAGGAACGCGGGAAAUGCGUUGAGGAUGAGGACUGCAGCCAGGUGGGAUCACCUCCACCCAAAGCCAGCAGGGUGACGUGGGGCAAAUCCACAGCCUACCACAAUAAGGGGUAUGACGACUACCUGGACUCCCCCGCUGUGAAAGUGGCGAAAGAAAAAGAAGAAAAGAUCUGAAUUACCUCCACCUGAAUGGGUACCUUCAUGUAAAAAUACCCAUGCUGUGGUUUAAAUGUGGCCAUGUCUGCUUUGAUAAAUAUCAUUAACUAAAUUUGCUGCAGCAGGGGCUCCUUAUGAAGGAUGCAGAAUAUGUGUGGUUCUUGGCAGCUUUGGCAAAUCUAAAUGACUGAAAGUUCAUUCUGAUUUAACAGUUUCUUUCUCUGUUAAAAAUCUGUUCAUAGGCAGGGCUGCGGCCAGGUUAUUAGAGAUACUGAUGUCCAAGGUCUCUAUAUUUUCAUUUUCAUUGUCACUUUAUUUACAGGUCUGCAAUUUCCUAACAAUUCCCCAGGAAGUUUCCUGGAAAGAAUUUGGUACUAUAUAUAUGGAGAGAGUGUUCACUUGGUGCACUCUCGAUUAAUCAAUUCCAAUAAACUGACAGUGUGAGAGUCUUUUAGACAGUGCGCAGAAGGUCAGCUGAAUAUGCAAAAAUGUGAAAUUGAUCUACAGGCAAGAAUACAAUUCAACAUAUAAGAAUAAUUAAGUUUCCAUUAACAAAAUACUAAUAAAUUAAUAUUUACCUAAUGGAGCAGUUGAGGAAAUUCCUAUUUUCCCUUUUAAUUACUACCAAAUUACAUAAUUCUGUCCAAGAAACUUCGUAGGAGAUUAUUUUUUGUAUUUUAUUUUAUUUAACUGUAGUUAGUAUUUUAUGUCCAUUUUCUUUCCAAACAUCAAGGUCAAAAUACUGUUUCAAAGAUUUCUCAUCCAGAUGACCAAAGAGGGCAACAAAAGUGUGAUUAUAUAUUGAAUCUACAAAAUACUGGAAUACAGAAUAGAUGACCUCAGUGUCCUCAAAGGUGGCCAUGGCUCUGUUCACGUAGGCCUGCAAAGCCAAAGCUCUGAGCUCUAACUACAGUUUGCCUUCUCAGAAAGGCUAGCGUCCAUCCAACAAAAGGAAAUGUUCCUCCGUUGAUAGUCCUCCAUCAUUUCAGCUUUAUUAACUUUUUCACAAAUGCUUUGGUACAUGUUCCAAAUACAGUAACAUAUUUUAUACACAUUGUAGCUGCUACCAGGCGGAGUAACGUCAAGUCAUGUUUGCUCUUUGAAUUGCUGUCACAGCAACAUAAUCACUGGUCAGACUGGUUUGUCUCGGUGGUGUGGUGUUGGUUAAACAAACCUGAAAAUCUUCAACAGAGGAUCAUGUGUGACUCGGGGCCCCGUGUAACAUUCUGCAUAUCUACUAAGAUGUCUGCAGUGUCUCUGUUAAUCACAUUUUGGGAACAGUAGCCUCUGAGACUGAUCCAUAGAUUGGAGUCGCAUCUUAUGCAAAUGUCACAGCUCUGCCAGGAUUUCAUUUCUAACAACUGAAACGGCUUCUAACAAAUACAGAGUUAGCAUGACUGACAGUCUAAUGCACUUUAAUCAAACUCAUGACAAAGUUAAUAAAACAUAAUUCAUCUCUGCUGUGUACACCUGCUCUGGUAGGCAGGACAGUUAAGUCCAAGCCGCAGAGCAGAAACAAAUAUUGGCAGCAUGACUGGUCAAACAAGUUUCCAUUACGUGCAUUUCCUCUAUGACAGUCACUUCACAAUAGGUGUCAUUAUUGCAGUGAUGCAUGAAUUGUGGAUUGUUAAAUAUUUAGGGAUCGCUUGAAUACAGUGUAUCCACCCUGCAGAGCUGCUCCGAAGCUAAAUAUAAAGGGUAAAUAUAUUUCCUGGGGUAAAUCACUGAACUCAGUGGGAGUGAAGUCAAGAGGAAGCUUUGAAUAACCUGAUAAAAGAUGCAACACACCGAUGCAGCCCCGAAUCACUUUGGUUUCAUUAGCCAAACAAAAAGAUCAGGGCCUCAAUUAAUUAGAGCAGGCUUAUCGCUGUGUAAACAAAAACUCAAUGGCAGCUGAUUACGAAAUACAUGCGCAUAAAUCUGUCACACAGGUUACAGACAAUGGGUUGAUGUGUCACAUUAAUAACAUGAAAGGUGCAAAACAAGUCAGCCCUGCAGAGGAAUGAAGACGGACUGUGGGGCUAUCAGCUGCUGUUCAUGAGCAGCACAACCCGUUGUGGUGGUUGGAUACCAGUCUUGCUGCUAUGAAAGAAAUGGAAGGCGUGCUGAGAGUGAAAAAGAAUGAUCCAGAAGAAAGGAAAGCACUCUUCUGGGGAGAGUUGCUCUCACUCCUGUCAAACCUUCAGACGACUUCCACCUGUCCGUCUCACCCAGCGCGACCAUGGAGCAUGGGAGGUGCACUGUCCUCUUCCUGUCUGUGGCUGUGAUUUUGGACAUCAUCGGCCUCGUCCUCUUCUUCGUCGGGAUCUUCGCACCUUUGAGUUUCUGGGACUUUUUUGUGCUGUCCGGACCUUUGCUGAUCUUCCUCAGCCUGGUCUUCUGGAUAUUCUGGUACGCUGGGAACCUCACUGUGUCUGAGGAGGAGCUCAACCUGAUGAAACAGGAUAUACUGUGACAGCAGUAUGAGUGAAGCUGGACUGAGUAAAAGCUAGCCAAGCUACUGGACUCCUUCAAAUCAGCAACAUGACGAUGAUGAGGGAACGGGCCGGUCAGAUUGAAGCAGAAGCUUCAUCAAAAAUCAUGAAUUUGUGAAACCUGUGGCUCUCUGAACUUCUUGAGAUUGUGCCUGAGUGAAGGAUGUGUGAUAAAUCCGAACCUGCGCAAGACCAGGAACACAUUUGACUAAUCCCAGGAGAUAAAGAAACUCUAUUCCACCCUUUGACUCCAGGGUGAAAACAACCUGUCAUGUUGAUAUGGACAGCAGUGAUUCCUGGACUUUGUUGGAGUGGAAAAUGUAUUUCUCAGCACUUUCAUUGGGAGGAAGUUUUUAAGCACUGUAACAGGAUGAUGCUGUAUGACAUAUUCAUCCCAUUACUAUCACCUGUGUGCAUUGUGAGUUGAUAUUUAUAUUUCAAAAUGUCCCAUGUAAGAUGGAAAAGCUUUUGAAAUUAGUAACUAAACAUGCUUUUAAACGACUGUUGUUGUGUUCUAUGUGAGGCUACGCCUACACUAAAAACUAGCCAAACAGGGACCGUAGGGGUUUUUUUGGAGUUAUUUUAAUAUGAUCCACCCAGUGCAGAGCCCAACAGAAAGAAUAAACAUCACUGUCACGCAGGCAAAACUACUCAGGUAUGUAGAGAGACAGGAGACAUGUUUCUUCACGAAGCAAAGAAGCUCCAGCACCUAAUUACAUGUACCAAAGGGUUUUACCAAUUAGCAGUUUUCCCUCAAAAAACUCUCCAAACACUGUGCGAUCUGUACUUCAGUCAGUUCAACAGCCAGCGAGGAGAAUGAAACUAAUACUCCGCCUCCAAGCCAAAUUCUUCCCAGCCUUAAUCAGCACUCAAGGCACCAUUAGCUCCCUCAGACAUGGAGAGUGUUAUUAAUGUGUCCAUUUGGUUCCUGCCCCUGAGAGAGGAAAUGGAGGAGAGGCGUAAUGGGGCUCGCUCUCUCUGCAAAGAGAUGGAAACCAUGCUGCUCAGCCCCUCCUCCCCCACGGGACGCCGCCUUCUCUGUCGUGCUGAAAUCCUCAAGUUGUCUUGAUGGUAUAUGUUAUUAUAAUCUUAAUCACUAUACUCAAUAGCAUCUCCUGUGAGAGACGCAGAUUAUGAGAGGAUCUACCUUGAGAGCAAUUGAGUUCAAAUAUACAUCCUGGUUGGCUGUAGCUCAACUCAAAUAACGCAGCAUGAUGCAGCAUAUACUCCUUUGUGGGUAAUGCUGAGCAGAUAUUAUGUUGUGAAUCCCAAUCAUGUGGUUUGAGAGAGCUUUGACUAAUAGUUGAUUGCCAUUAGCUUUGCCACGGCGAUCACUACUUUUCCUGGACUGUAGUGAAAGUGGGACUGACCGUCACCAGUGGACAAUUAGUGCUUACCACAAGUACACAGAAAAUACAAUAAGAAACACAGAUAGAUCUUUCAAAUGUUGUCAAUUUAAAGGUUUUUAAUAUUUCAGAUGUGGGUUUCUAAAUGUCCUCAUUAAAUAAUCUUGAUAUGAAAUAUUAACUGAGAUUUGUGGUAUCAAAAGUGCUAAAUUGGUUACUUAAAGCAAUCAAUCUAAUGUAUCUGAAUGUAUUCUUAGAUAAAGAUCGGGUCCAUUAGGUAGCUCAUGCUGAUGUAAUCUGCACUCUACAAACGCUGUCACGAAUGACCAGAUAAAUGCUGGUAUACUUUGGCGGUAGGAAGAUAAAUCUUUUGGAAGGUGAUGAAGUGAUGAUACCAAGUUCAUCAUUUUGCUCUGUUUGUAAACUGUACUUCAGCCUAAAAGCUUAAAAUGGCUGGUGAGCUCAUGAUGUCAUCUUUGGAGGAUUGUGAUGGUGCAUGUCUCCCUCCAGUGGUUGGUAGAGUUGAAGUCAUUUAGACGUUAAUGUGACUGAUUGUUCUGGGCCCUUCAACUGUUCCCUACUUUAAAAAAUAAAUAAAACCAUAUUAUCCUG